AUGGAUCUUAUUCAUCCUGGAAAGCUCAUAUUUGAAGGUUAUUCUUAUACCAUACAUAAAAAAUGCUCAAACAAGAUUAGAUGGCGCUGCUCAAAGUAUUCUUCUUUUAAAUGCCGAGCAAUACUUUUUUCAACACUCGAUAAUCAAGACCCGGUUCUUGAUACAGCUCAUAAUCAUCCAUCAAAUAUUGAUGGACUAGUAGCAAUGAAAUCCAUUGCUAACAUGAAGAAGCGAUGUGCAGACUCUUUGGCAAAACCUCUUCAAAUUUAUGCAGAGGAAAUUGUAAAAUUAGACCAAAAAGUUCAGUCGCAUAUGUUAUCGGAAGAUUCUAUAAAAAGAACUCUAAGGAAUCACAAAGCAAUGCAACACCCUUCAAAUCUUGAGAAUUUGGAAGACCUAGUUAUUGAAGGUGAUUGGGCAAAUUGUGGCUCCCAGAACUCAAAACGAUUUUUAUUAUUUGAUAAUGGCCCACAAGCUGAAGAACGCAUAAUAAUGUUCGCAACAGAUGAUUCCUUGAAUCUAAUAUCUAAUAGGACAGAGUGGUAUAUGGAUGGUAAUUUUGCCAUGUCCCCAAAAAAUUUUCUACAAUUAUAUGUGAUUAGAGUAGCAAUAAACAAUAUUUUUAUUACAGCGGUUUAUUGUGUACUCCAGAAAAAAACUCAAAGUACAUAUGAAAUAAUAUUUCAAACAAUAAUGUCUAAAUGUCAGGAAAGGGAUUUAUUUCCUGAUCCAUUAUAUAUAUACAUGGAUUUCGAAAAGUCUGCUAUGACCGCGGUUAAGAGUAUCAUUGGGGAUCACAUCGUAAUUAGAGGAUGUUUUUACCAUUUGUGUCAAAGUACACAUAGAAAAAUUCAGAAGCUGGGUCUGGAAAGCGAAUAUAGGACGGAUGAAACUCUAAGUUUUUUUUGUGGCAUGAUGGACGGCUUAGCAUUCGUUCCGUUAUGUGAUAUGGAUAAUGCAAUGACAUUCCUUAGAUCAGUUACUCCGAGCAAUGGUAAGGACAUUCUCGAUUAUUUCGAUAAAAAUUAUGUCAAUGGAGUAUCAAGGAAUGUCAUGAGAAGCAAUUCUCAAUCCCAAACACGUCGAAUUGAGCCUCGAUUUCCUCCAGAAACCUGGAACGUGAAUCAGAGUACUCUCUCAGAUGAAGAACGAACAAAUAAUCAAUGCGAAGGUUGGAAUCAUCGUUUUUCUAAUCUGGUUGGUAAUAAACACCCAUCAAUCUGGGUACUCAUUAAAAAAAUGAAAUGCGAGGUGGCUGCCGACGAAACCAAACUUGAAAGAUGGCGCGUAGGUAGUUGGACAUCUAAAACAAAAUCGCAGAGUUCUAACAACCAGAUUCGGCUAAAGAAACUUUGCGAAGAAUACCGUGAUGGGGUGCGAAGCCUUCCGGAUUUUAUAAGAGCGAUAUCCUUCAAUAUUCGAUGUCAACCAAUAUAAUUAUUAUUAUAAAUUAUAAAAUUAUAUAUACAUAAUCAUGGUUUACCAAUAAAUUAAACAUUUCUUAUUUCUAA